AUGAGUGUGCCCACAAAAAGAAGACUCUCGUUUGACGAGUCGACUAAUAAACGGUUCCUCAACGGAACCCAUUCUACUGAGAACAAUACCAGUAAUAUCGAAGUCGACGAAGAUUAUGGUUCUGACGGUUCAGAACAGAUCUUUGACUUGCCAGCUACCACCAACAAUAACCAGUGGCAAGAAACCAUCACCAAGGUCGUCAACGCUGUUGUUUCUAUUCAGUUCACGCAUGUGUCCAAUUUUGACACCGAAACUUCGCUUGUUUCAGAAGCCACGGGUUUUGUUGUAGAUGCCACCAGAGGGUUGAUCUUGACUAACAGACAUGUGGUGGGUCCUGGACCUUUCUGUGGCUAUGUAGUGUUUGACAACCACGAAGAAGCUGUCGUCAAGCCUAUCUAUAGAGACCCUGUGCAUGAUUUCGGGUUCUUACAGUUUGACCCCAAAGAAGUGAAAUAUUUACAGUUGACCCAGUUGGAGUUGAAGCCCGACUUAGCUAAAGUCGGUACUGAGAUCAGAGUUGUAGGUAACGAUGCUGGUGAAAAGUUGUCUAUCUUGGCUGGGUUCAUAUCUCGUCUCGAUAGAAAUGCUCCUGAAUACGGAAGUUUGACCUACAAUGAUUUCAAUACUGAGUAUAUCCAAGCUGCAGCUUCUGCUUCUGGAGGUUCUUCAGGCUCUCCAGUAGUGAACGAAGACGGUGACGUUGUAGCACUACAGGCUGGUGGUUCUACUGAAGCAUCUACCGAUUUCUUUCUCCCUAUCUACAGACCUUUGAGAGCAUUACAGUGUAUCCAGAAGAAGCAACCUAUCACCAGAGGCGAUAUCCAAGUGGAGUGGCAGUUGAAGCCAUAUGACGAAUGUAGAAGAUUGGGUUUAACUCCGGAAGCCGAAGCCAGAGCAAGAAAGUUGUUUCCUAAUAAAAUUGGUCUUCUUGUAGCUGAACUCGUCUUGCCUCAAGGUCAAGCUGAUGGGCUCAUCAAGGAAGGUGACACCUUGAUUUCAAUUGACGACAUAGACAUUUCUACCUUUAUUAAGGUUGAUGAAAUCUUGGAUGAGAACGUUGGAAAUGAGUUAAAGUUUGUCAUCCAAAGAGGAGGAGAGGUGAUUACCCAAAUGAUCAAGAUUGGCGAUUUGCAUUCCAUCACUCCAGACAGAUACGUCGAUGUCGGUGGUGCCUCCUUUAAUAAUCUUUCCUACCAGGUCGCCAGAUGCUACUGUAUACCUGUCAAGGGAGUUUUCAUCAACGACGCUUCUGGCUCCUUUGAAUUUGCUUCUUAUGAAAAGUCAGGCUGGUUGUUGGAAACAGUUGACGACAUGCCCACACCAGAUUUGGAUACUUUGAUCGAAGUGAUGAAGAUGAUUCCAGACUGUCGUAGAGUUCCCAUCACCUACAGACAUGUUUCUGAUUUGCACACAGAAAACAUUCAGAUCAUUUACAUUGAAAGACACUGGCAGUCCAGUUUCAGAUUGGCUGUUAGAAACGACACUACUGGAUUAUGGGAUUUCACAGAUCUCCAGGAAAAACCUCUUCCUCCAUUAUCCCACGAGCCACAAAACGCCAAGUUCAUCGAUAUCCCCUUCAGCGAUGAAACCAGGUCUGGCUGCUCUUCUUUGGUUCGUUCAUUUGUUCAAGUCAGACUUAUCGCUCCUGUUCCUAUGGACUCUUACCCAUACCGUAAAGAGAUCUGUUAUGGUGUGGUUGUCGAUUCAGUCAACGGUUACGUCUUGGUUUCCCGAAGAUUCGUACCCCACGAUAUGUGCGAUAUCUUUCUUAUUUUCGCUGAGUCUAUUGAUGUUCCAGCCAAGGUUGUAUUCCUUCAUCCUAACCAGAAUUAUGCCAUCUUGAAAUACGACCCUAGUUUGGUUUUGGCUGAUGUCAAGACUCCCAAGUUUGGCGACAAACCAUUGAAGAGAGGUGAAAAAUCCUACUUUAUUGGCUACAACUACAACUUGAGAUUAGUCACUGAUGAUGUGAAGAUCAGUGGUGUUUCUUCGUUGAACAUCCCCCCUGCCUCGUUGUCGCCCCGUUACAGAGGAACCAACUUGGAGUGUAUUCUCUUGGAUAGUAAGAUCAGCGUAGAAUGUGAUAGUGGUGUUUUGGCUGAUGAUGAUGGUACAGUACGUGCAUUCUGGAUCACCUACUUGGGUGAAGCUACUUGUGAUCAAGGCAGUGAUAGAAUGUACAGAAUGGGCUUGGAUGUCACUGAUGUCUUGAGUGUGAUCGAAAAAUUGAAGGUAAACGAAAUCCCUAAGCAAUUGAGACUCUUGGAAGCCGAGUUUACUUCCGUAACCAUUCUCCAGGGUAGAACCAGAGGUGUGUCACAGGAAUGGAUCAAUAAGUUCGAAGAAGUUUGUGAAGACGAAAUCAAAUUCUUGGCUGUAGAAAGAGUGUCUGCCCCUACUUUACACCAGGAAAAGAACCCAUUGAAAGCAGGUGAUAUCAUCUUGUCUGUCAACGACAUCAUUGUGAAGAACAUGAGAGACUUGAAGCCAAUGUUCACUGAACAAGAGUUGAAGUUUCGGAUCAUCAGACAAAAGAAGGAAACUGAAAUUGUGGUUCCAACCAUCGAUACCACGACCAUCAACACUUCACACGUUGUCUUCUGGUCUGGAGCUAUCAUUCAGGCUCCGCACUACGCUGUUCGUCAACUUAUGGAAAGGGUUCCUUCAGAAGUCUAUGUCACUCGUAAGAGUGCUGGAGGUCCAGCUCAUCAAUACGGUAUAGCCACUAACAGUUUUAUUACCCAUGUGAACGACGUCGAAACCAAGGAUCUCGUCAGCUUGAUGAAGGUUGUCAAAGACAUUCCUGACAACACCUACAUUAAGUUGAGGUUAAUGUCUUUUGACAAUGUUCCUAUUGCCAUCUCGUUGAAGACUAACUACCACUACUUUCCAACGUCUGAGUUGAAGAAAAAAGAAGGCUCCGACGAAUGGAUCGAGAUCGAACACAAGUAG